AUGCACGAUCCUGAACUUUCUCGGCUCGUCUCGUCCCUGCUGACCAGAGACCCCCCAGCUGCCACGGCCAAAUCCGACAGUGGCCUUCUGGCAAGAACCACCGCAUCCCACGGUGUCGGCAGUGCAAUCAGCGACCUCCGCCUGACUGUGUUUGAGGCGCGCACGCUGACGAGCGGCGCUACGGGUCGAAAUGGCGGGCAUCUCGUUUCCGAGGCCGUGCUUCGAUUCACGGAGCUCGUGGCGAGCGUUGGCCGGGAAAAGGCGAUUGACAUUGCGCGAUUCAGUCUCGCAAACGUGGCCCGGAUGAAGGAGGUUGUCGAAUCGUUGGGGGAGGAGAUCAGAGAGAAGAGCCAGAUCCGUGACGUUGUAAGCGUGAUGGGAGUGGCAGAUGCAGGAAUCCUGGAAGCGAUGAAAGAAAGUGUGGAGGCGUUUGAGGAGGCAUUGCCGGAGUACAAAGGGCGCUACUCAAUUCUUGGAAGAGAGGAUGCAAUGCAGGAUGAACGCACGUCUAACCUCGAGGAUGGAAAGAAAUACAACUUCCGCGACGUAGUCGGCGCCGUUGAGCAGCGAGGAGCCGGCGCUUUGUGGCCCUACCGGCUCAUCACGGAGAUAUUCGCGCAUCUUCUGAAGAAGCAUUCAGGUCGCUUCUCCAUCGAGACGUCAACUCCAGUCACCGCCAUCAGCUAUGACGCAGAAACACAAUAUCCAUACGUGCUUACGACCCCCCGAGGCAUAGUGCGCGCUGCGAAGGUGAUCCACUGCACAAACGGUUUCGCCACGCAUCUUCUCCCAGGCCUGAGCGGGAAGAUCUUCCCUCUGCGCGGGACAAUGUCAACGCAAGCAGCGGGUCCAUCAUUCCCCAAUCUCGGAGCGACGACAUCGUGGAGCUAUUGCUCCAAGGGGUUGUUCGAUCCCCGCACGGGGGUCCUGACGCCAGGACUGUACUACGUGACACAGGACCCGCGCACGGGGGACAUGUUCGUCGGGGGAGACAAGCAGAAAGUGGACGAACUACUGGUCAGCGACGACACAGCAGUGUCGAGCGUUUCCAGCGAGAGUCUGGCAAGCGUGCUGUCGAAGAUCUUUCAGACUGGAUGGGACGACGACGACGACGGCGGCGGCGGCGGCGGCAACACAAGUCCAGUCGUCAGGCGGAUGUGGUCUGGCGUGAUGGGCUUUACGGGGGAUGGGAUGCCCGUGGUGGGAAGAUUAGACGACAGCAUGACCAAACGAGGCGGAGACGGCGAAUGGAUCGCAGCAGGGUUCAAUGGCUACGGGAUGGACAAAUGCUGGCUGACGGGGGAAGCGGUGGCGGGGAUGGUGGUCGGCCGGGACGUCAGUUCGUGGUUUCCGAGCGCGUAUCUCGUCGACGAAGAGAGGAGAUUGAGUAUGCAGAGGAGUCAAGUCUUUUCUCUGGACGACUACUCGACUGCUAUCGAAGUAGAAUCCUCUGCAGUUCAUCCACACGAACGCGAAGCCAGUCCCAGUCUAGCAAUCUCCACAUAUAGAAGGUCAAGCACAGGAAUGGAGUCCAACGCGUCACGGCCUCCAGGGACCGUCCCCAUUGAAGAAGGCAGGCAGCAGGCUGACCAGACCACUCUCAACUGGUCCAGAGGCCGCAAAUCACUCAACUACGGCCUCGCCUGCUUAUACACCUUUGCCACUUUCGUGCUGCUGGACAUCGGCGCCGUUAUCUGGGCGCAGGUCAACGCCGAGCUGGGCGUCUCGUUCAGCGAUCUGAACAACGCAUACGCCGCCAACACGGCCGGUCUGGCGGUAGGCUGCGUGCUGUUCAUCCCCUUUGCCCUGAAAUAUGGCCGUCGCCCGGUCUACCUGCUCAGCACCGCGACGCAGUUCGCUGGCGCUAUCUGGCAGGCCAAAGUGCGGACGACGUGGGAAAUCAUCGCCAGCAACGCGCUGUGCGGCGUUGGCGGUGCCGUCAGCGAGACGAUCGUGCAGAUGACUGUCGCUGACCUGUUCUUCCUGCACCAGCGCGCGACGGCCAACGGCGUCUAUCUGGCGGUUGCGGCCCUGGGCGCGUGGCUCGCACCGGUGGCGGCAGGAUACUGCGCCGUGGCGCAAGGAUGGCGGUGGAUCUGGUGGUGGUCGGCCAUCAUCUUGGGCAUCAGCUUGGUAGCGAUGAUAUUUCUCUACGAGGAGACCAAGUAUGCGGUCGAAUUAGCGCUGCCUGGCGCAGCAGAACCAGACAUCCCAUCUAUGAGUAAUAAGAAUGGUACCACGACGACGAACAGCUUGAUGUCGGCAGCAUCACGCGAGGAACAGCAACAACCGCGGAGGAUGACGAAGAAGUCGUACUGGAAGCGUCUCGCUCUCGUCACCAAGACCGAUGAGCCAUUUGGGCGACACGUCUACCGGCCGUUUGUCAUCCUCUUCACGUUUCCUGCCGUCAUGUACACGGCGCUGAUCUACGGAUUGCUGCUGGCGUGGUUAUCAGUCAUCAGCACCGUGCAAUCGACGUAUCUGCCCUAUCCACCGUACAACUUCAGCGCAGCCGGAGUCGGGCUGUUCAAUCUGCCUCCGCUGAUCGGUGCAAUCGUCGGAUCGGGACUGGGAGGCCCAUUAAACGGCCGGUGGGCAUUAUGGAUGGCGCAGAGGAACCGGGGGGUGUUUGAGCCCGAGAUGCGGCUGUGGCUCAGCUUUCCGGCCAUUAUCGCGUGUCCGGCGGGAAUUCUAUUAUUUGGACUCGGACUCGCCGAGAACCGGCCAUGGAUCAUGCUCGCCGUAGGCAGCGCCCUCUUCGGCCUAUACCUCGGCGCAAUGGGAAAUAUCAGCCUGACCUACUUGACCGACUCGUACAGAGAUGUCAGUGCACCCUCGCCUCAGGCCAAAAGUUUGCUUCCAACUGACAAGAAAACAGCUCGUAGGCGACGCCCUAGUCUCAGUAGCGUUUGUGCGCAACGGCCUAGCCACGGUCAUCGUGUUCGCAUUGACGCCGUGGAUCGAGUCUGUCGGGCUGUACAACAUGUUUGUCUCGGCUGCGUGUCUCGCGACGGCGAUUCUGUUGCUGACGGUUCCGAUGAUUGUAUGGGGGAAGAGAGCUAG